AUGGUGGUGAAGGGAGAGAAAGUUCUGACAAAGAUUGCGGACUCUUUUAAGGAACUUGCUAAUUGCGUGAAUUCUCCGACGCUGCGUCUCGAGGUAGGGCAGUUCGUUUCCGCUUGCCGCGCCAUGGUCCCUCUCAUAAUCUACUUAGGAAUGCCUUAUAAGUUCGCCGUCAUGGAAUUUUCGGCCAAGGUUGAUGCACUAGUGGAGGGAUCGAAGCCAAUCGAUACUCUAGAGGACUUAAUUGAUCAUGAUAUUGAACACAAGUGCGCAAAGGUCUCAUGCAGUAAUUCGAGAAACCUUGUGAGAGUGAAGCGCUCAAUCGACAUGCUCAAGGUAGUAUUUGAGCAAAUUCUAAACUAG